AUGAAGCGCACCUGGCAGGCUAAACAUAAACUGUGGAAGACCAAUUGCCCUCCUCAAGUCACCGAACUCGACCACAUCUAUCCGCUGUCAUCAGGCCGGUUGCCGGUGACGGCAUUGACGGAGCACAGCGUCGAUUAUGUCGCCGAGAGCAUAGACAGGGGCUCGCGGUCGAUGAUUAGCCAGUUGCCCAUUCUUGGCCUAAAAGGUAUUCCGGUUGACGAGACCAUUGAGGCUUUAAACAGCUUGGGCUCCACUGCUCUUGUCAUGAUUGAGGACAAACACGGCGUUGAUGCUGCUGAUGAGAUUGCCGCCAUUGUUGGCGUUGAAUUUUUUUUGGAUUUGUCAAUCGAUCUUGGCAUCAGUGGGAAGUUCACCAGCGACGCCUAUCGAACCUCGAUUGAGAAGGUUAGCAAAGCAUGUCUGAAACAUGGGAAGGUCUUUGGAGUAGCUGGAAUCAACGAUCUUCAGGAGUUGCAAGAAAGGAUGAUCAACACUUUAGGAGCGAGGUUCAUGCUGAUCCAGCAAGAUUCGACCCUUAUUUCUCAGGGUGCCUCCAGAGCUGCAAAGGCAGUUCCUUGCGUCAAGGCUUGA